AAGCAAGUGGCUUUGAGUUGCUGACCCUCCGAACGCUCUGCAGCCAAGCGGGGAGGGCAAGGAGGAAAGGGAAGAGGAGGAGCGUGGGAAGGCAGCUAGCGGUGUCAAUACAAUAGGCUCGUUGUAUGUGUGGAUGUGCGCGCCUGCUGGGAGUCUGCAGACAGAGAGGAAAGGCACAGGCGCUGAACGGACACAGCGGCCUCCCUCUCUCCGCUAGGCUUCAACCCGGCCAUGCUUGCUCUCUGAGCGGGGAAAGCCAGCGAUCUGCAACGGAAAGGGGAUCUCGGCCUGCAGUGCAGGCUCGGAAUCUGCACCUACACUUCUUGAUAUGAUACACCCCUGCAGGAUGCGUCAGGAUGAAACGCCUCAGGAACCUCAGCAGCAGCAGCAGCGACAGCUCAGACAAUGAGAGUCCUUCGACUUCAUUUUCCUCCUGCUUUCAGCAUAAGGGUAAAGGCAAAUUUACAGCUGAUGGAGGAAAGAAAUCUGCCGAGGUAUUCCGGAAAGAUCUUAUUAGUGCUAUGAAGAUCCCAGACUCCCAACAUGUCAACCCAGAGGAGUAUUACCAUUUUGCAGACACCUGGAAGCAGGAAUGGGAGAAGGGUGUACAGGUGCCAGCCAAUCCUGAUAACAUCCUACAGCCUUCUCUAAGGGUCAUUACAGAAAAAGCAAAAGAGCUGCUAUUUACACGCCCAAGAAAGUACAUUCAUUGCUCCAGCCAAGAGCCUGCAGAGCCUGGAUACAUCAACAUCCUGGAAUUGGCAGAGAGCAUGUGCCGAUAUGACCUUGAUGAUCUGGACCUGUACUGGCUAGGGGAAUGCAACCUCGAACUUGCAGACAUGGGAUGUGCUCCUGUUGAUGAAAGCACAAUGGAGAAAACACUGGAGGUUUUGGAACGACAGUGCCAUGAAAACAUGAACCAUGCCAUAGAGACGGAGGAGGGCCUGGGGAUAGAGUAUGAUGAGGAUGUCAUCUGUGAUGUGUGCCGUUCCCCAGACAGUGAGGAGGGCAACGAUAUGGUAUUCUGCGACAGGUGCAAUAUUUGUGUGCAUCAGGCUUGUUAUGGCAUUUUAAAGGUCCCUGAAGGCAGUUGGCUCUGUCGAACUUGUGUUUUGGGGUUGCACCCACAAUGCAUCUUGUGCCCAAAGACAGGAGGAGCUAUGAAAGCCACAAGGACUGGUACCAAGUGGGCACAUGUGAGCUGUGCCCUCUGGAUCCCAGAGGUGAGCAUUGCCUGCCCAGAGCGGAUGGAGCCAAUUACGAAAGUUUCACACAUUCCUCCUAGCCGGUGGGCAUUAGUUUGCAGUCUCUGCAAGCUGAAGACAGGUGCCUGUAUACAGUGCUCAGUUAAAAGCUGUAUCACUGCUUUUCACGUAACGUGCGCCUUUGAACACAGCCUGGAAAUGAAGACUAUACUGGAUGAAGGGGAUGAAGUCAAGUUCAAGUCGUACUGCUUAAAGCACAGCAAGAGCAAGCAUGGGCUGAUAACAGAACAGGAAGAGCCUCACAAAAUACACAGCGACAACAGGCCAACAGAGAGCGAGAGAACAAGCUUGCGCGCCCAGAAGCUGAAAGAAUUGGAGGAGGAUUUUUACACAUUGGUAAAAGUGGAGGAUGUUGCGGCAGAACUUGGCCUGCCCAUGCUAACUGUAGACUUCAUUUAUUCAUUCUGGAAGUUGAAAAGGAAAAGCAAUUUUAACAAACCUUUGUUGCCACCUAAAGAGGAUGAGCAGAAUGGUCUGGUCCAACCCAAGGAAGACAGCAUUCAUACUCGAAUGAGGAUGUUCAUGCAUCUCCGGCAAGACCUGGAACGAGUGAGGAAUCUGUGUUAUAUGGUAAACAGGAGAGAGAAGCUGAAAUUGUCCCACAGCAAGAUCCACGAGCAGAUCUUUAAUUUGCAAGUACAGCUUGUCAAUCAGGAGGUGGCAGCAGGGCAACCAUUAUCAAGCGCACUAGAAAAUACACUGUUCUACCCUCCUCCCAGGAUUACGUUGAAGCUCAAAAUGCCAAAACCCAGAACUAGAGACUGCAGAAUGAGUUCUGUGAAAGCAGGAUCCAUGUCAAGAACAGAUAAUCAAAACAGCAGCACUUACCUUGGGAUGGGGAAUGAAGUCCACAAAGAAACUUCUGAACAUACCAAACUCUACUCAACUUAUGCCUCUGAACAGAGAAACAACGGUUUGUUUGGAGGAAUAACAAGGUUACACAAAGAAUUUCAGAGUGCAGGCUGUCAACCGUCCUCUCGGUUUCGUUCAUCAGGGAAACCUAUGUUGCUACAAGCUGUCAUCCAUGGGCACUCUUCAAAUGGCAGUGGGAAGGUACAGCGUGAUCGUGUGCGUUUGGCAAGGGCUAAUGGCGUACUUAGUUGCAGUGGGGACAGAACUCAGAGGGAUAGCUCAAGCCAAACAUCUCCUGGGCAGGACUCUGAGAUUAUAUGUCAUAUUGCAGGUCAGAGCACCUUUAGGAAAACCAACAUGGAACAAUUCAGCAGGUCAUUCAAAGAGGCGACCAAUAAUUUAGUUAGAACCACAGAAGACCUAAGAAGUUCUGAAAAGCCUCAGUGGCGUCCGUCUGUAAAAGAACGUUUGUGGAGCAAACAGCCAGCUGAUACUCAAACCUCUAGUACCCCAUACCAAGACAAUGAUGGCUACUGCCCUGACCUGGAGCUAAGUGACUCUGAAGCUGAAAGUGAUGAGAACAAGGACCAUGUGCUGUUACGGCGAAACAGUCGGGAAAGUCCAAAGAGGGAAUCGAGUAGAAACAGUCGCAUUAAAAGGAAAAUAAUUGCUCACAGUUCAGUGCAGAGGUGAUAAACACCUUUCCCUCCUGAACAUUUGUUUUUCUGCUAGAGGGUAUUUAAAUGCCAAAAUUUGGGCAAUGAACCUCCAAAACAUAAUACAGUCAAUUGUUAGAUUUGAUUGAGUGCAGGAGUUUGCUGAGGAUAGCAGGAGUCAUUCAGAUUUCUGUGUGAAAUUGUAACAGAAUGGGCAGCUCAGCCAGGCUAGUUCCUACACACAAGGAAAUCUUUUAAUUAAUGAAAGGGGUUUUAAUGUUUUCUGUGUCAGAUAAUAUGGUGAUCCUAUGUGGAUACAUUUGUACGAUAAUCCAAGGCUAUAGUUUUAUUUUGUACAUUAUUAGAAUCUGAAAUUCUAAAACACCACAGCCUUCAGUUUGCAGGCUUAUUUCUGACCGUUGCAUGGUCAGACAAACAUCUACACAAAAUCCGUACCAAACUUGAAGCAUAUUAAGAAUGGUUUGCGCAGGAUAUAUUUUAAACUAGAUAAAUGGUGAAUUAGGCCGCAUGGAGUGUCCUCACCCAACUUAGAAAAGUAAAUAUAAAUAUUAGAAAAAUGGGACUUCAACUCCAAAUGACCAAUUCACCAUUACAAUAUUAAUUUGGAUAUGGAAUUACAAAAUAUUCUGAGAGUAAAAAUAAAAGGCAAUAUUUAUUUGUUUACCACCAUGCCGUGAACUGGUUAAAAACAUUUAAAAACCAAGGAAACAGCGCUGCAUAAGGACUGAGGGAUCCCUCUCCACUGACAAACAUACAAUGAUAAAUUAAAAGUUUGUAAAGUGGAACUGAGCCACUCAAAAUAGGUAGCUGAGAAAAGCCAUCCUGGGUGGCUUAAUUGUUUGCAAUCAAUGAAAUGGGUGCACCUGGAACAAGGUCCAAUGCUGGAUAGUAUUGUAUCAGUUGUUACAAAGUUGGGAAGAGUUUGCUGGAAUAAUUAUUAUUGAGCCAUAACACUCCGAUGAGGUGUGGGCUAAUCAGCGCCCUAGCUGUGUAGCCAAGUCGGUAUGGGGCUGUUGUGUUAGACUGCAGUCUGUGAGUCAGAAUGACGCUGCAUUGGCGUGUAGUAAAAUGUAUAAUCCAAAUGCUGGUUACAGUUUCAAUAGUAUAGUCACUCUGGCCACAAUAAAAGUUGCUGUCCUAUUGGACGUAAUAACCCAAAGGGGGCCCCGGGUAUCACCAAUUCCAGCCCCAAACACAGUGAACUUUACCGACUGUAGCAUUCUAACCGAUCUGGCUCCAGACUCCUUCCUCCAAUCCAAUGCGAUCAGUGCAUGUACUUGCGCAGGGUGCAUUCCAGGGUCCCACAGAUAACAGUGGAGGACGGGACCUCAGCUCAACUUGAAGCAUAACUCUAUCUCUGCCAUAUGUGCUGCCAUUUUAUCUAUGCUGGCUAUAAAUACACAUCCUAAUGUGAUCUCCCUGCUUGUGGUCCAAUACAUACUUUUCCCAGUGAAGUACCAGCUGCCAACUUGUGAAUCCUAUUUACAGUAAUGGUAGGACUAAAUGCUAUACAGAUUUUUCAGCUAUACUCUGCUUUCCGUGACUGAAGCACAGCAAACGAGCUGAAGGAAAAUACUGUGCAUUUCUAUUGGUGACCAUGAUACUGUCAGCAUUUUGCACUGUUGGAAUAUCCUACAUCCUUACACACUAGGGAUGCCCUGAAUCCACUAUUUUGGAUUCGGCCAAACCCAUGAAUCCUUUCUGAAAGAUUUGGCCGAAUAUCGAACCCGAAUCCUAAUUUGCAUAUGGAAAUUAGUGGCGGGAAGGGGAAAACAUUUUUUACUUCCUUGUUCUGUGACAAAAAGUGAAUGCAAAUUCGGAUUUGGUUCGGCCGGGCAGAAGGAUUCGGCCGAACCCAAAUCCUGCUGAAAGUUCAGACUCCCGAAUCAAAUCCUAGUUUCGGUGCAUCCCUUUUACACACUACAAUAGGCAUAUCCAUUUGCUUUGCGGAGGGUGACAUGAUUUUAGAUUUUAUAGCAGAGAUGCUAAUAUGGUAUUACUCUAAUAAGAAGAGUAGAAUCUGGGUAAUUCCGUGGAAAGAGAGAAUUUUCUCUUACCGGCACCUGACUGAUUGGCCGUGCAAGACUCUUGUGUUGGUUCUUCUGACCUGGGUGUCAUUACUACUACUAGUAACGGAGUAUUUCUACUGGAAUUUCAUCAAGUUCCCAACAGUUUUGUAUCUCUUAGCUAAGAUCAAGUAUAUUCUAUACCCAAUUUGAAUGCCUUUAUAUCCAUCUCCAAAUAACAUUUUUCUUUAGAUAAAUAUCAAACUGCCAGCCUUCUAGCUACAGUAAAAACUGCAAGUCUUUUGAAGUAAGGGGGAAGUUGAAAUUGACAGCAGCUGGACCGCUACACAAAUUACAUCAAGGAGAUGAACUGUUACACUAUAAUGGGGUUUAUUAAAGGGAUACUGG